AUGACUACUUCGUUAGGGGUCUCGGGACUACAGCGGCUUCCUUACGAACUAGUUGCCUACGUCGUGCAAGAGCUAGACAUCGAGGAUGUAUACCACUGGUCACUGUGCUGUAAGCACUUCCAGUAUAUCAUACGCGACGACCAUUUCUGCAAACCGGUGGUUGCGACGAAAGUGCCGAAUACCCUCGAGGCUCGAGAGGCGAUGGAAACUGGCCGCUAUUCACGGGCGUUGCGGCGUAUCGCCAAGCGACGCGAGGCGCUAUCGAAGGCCUCUCCUUACCUUGUUGGUAUUGUCGCUUGCGCUGAUUCGUAUGCAUUCUUCGGCGGUAAAUUGUGUUACGUCAUCGAAGCUCGUCCCCAGAGGUGGCUCCGGAUACUUGACAUACACGGGUCAACCGAUCAGGAACUUGUCGUGGAUAUCCCCAAGCUGAUAGCUGAAGCCAUUCCACAGGCAACGACUUGUCGUAAGUACAAGUUCAGAGUACUCUACCAAGCAGCCGGGAUCGUAAGUUGCCUGUUUUCUUUCGCUCAGCAUGAGACGGAAAAUUGGCUUCUCAUCAUUAAGCCUCAAUCAAGCCAAAUCCUUGAGGCGUUCCGCCUAGCUUCUACGGCCAGAAUAUUCGUCAGAAAUAACGACAAGUUUCUCUACUUCGGCACACACUCCGAGGAGGGAGCUGAUGGGCUUAGAAGAUGGGCCCUAAAAGGCUACGAUCUGACUACCAACUCCUGGCUCCCUCACCCCAGAGUGUACAUGGCAAGUUUGGCAGGGUAUGAAAUAGGGUCGUCAGUCUGCUUUGAGAUAUUCGGUGAUUAUUUCUACGGCGUCUCCAAUCGAACUCUAAAUGAAAUCGACGAUCCCAACUGGCGCUCUUAUUAUUACUGCUUUCGCUUCCCCUUGAGCGACCCUUCUCAUUCGAAGCUCCAGGUGAUGGGCAGCGAAGACAGUUGGAGAAGAUCACACCAAGAAGGUCCUAUUGAUGAUCGUUGGGGGUUUCUCUCCUUGGAGAUGGACGAGGCCAGCGGAGACAUCGUUAUCCUGGAGUGUAGAAAAGAAUGGUUGAAUGGCGAGAGCAACAGCAAGCGUACAUAUUACACAACCGAGGUGAUAUUCCGCGAAAAUACCACCCAGAGGGUUUACCAAAGGCUCGGAGCCGAUACAACGACGAGGGGCGUACGUGACCAUGCACAGUCUGACUCCAACAUACAAUGGCUGCCUCAGUAUGCUCAUUUGGAUGAGCGCCCUGAUGCCUCGUUAUGGAUACGAAGCAAAAUGCAUUUUUGCGCUUAUAUCAGAUGCUGUCAUACCUUUAUUGAUCUGAUUAAUGAUACAGAUUCGGACGCCUCCGGCGAGCCGCAGCUACGUCUCCGAACGGGCUAUAGAAGAUUGAAGCCAGGUGUAAGACUACCGUCGAGACAGUCGAUUUUGGAGACUGUGAGGUACGUUAGCGAGCCUACCAUGCAGCCCCAUGGGGUGCAUAACCCUUAUCAACCCAAUAAGCGAUAUAUCUGGCCCCCUAAGCAAGAUUCGCGAGAGCUAGACAUUUCUCUAGAUAGGGUUCGGCAGCUACUUGAUAUCCAAGGCUACCAGGGCCGUGUAGCUGCUACGGGUGACGAGCGCUCGGUAAUCUACGCAACUAGUGAUGGCUCCAAAGGGAGUGUCCAAGCCCUCGUAUUCAUCACUUUCGACCCCGCAGCUAGAUUCGAAGGCAUGACCUAUGGUGGAAACAUCCUCGGCCAACAAAUUCCAUCAGACGUCUACGAUAGUGCAGAUCUAGACGCAGACCAGCGAGCGAAGUCAAGCACUAUGUUGCAGUCUGGCCCCAAUGUUUCCAUGGGGGCUGCAGUGAGACAGAGCGGAGCUGACACGGCAGCAAACCAGUUAUCGUUAGACGCCGCGCUGGAUUCAUCAGCAGGUCCCUCCCUUCCACCUCAUCACGACGCCAGUAGCGUCGAGUCUUGGGCUUGUUAUGAAAACGCCAUGCACCUCGCAAUACAACGGAAGCUCUAUUUCAGCCGGUAACCUCGGAUAACCCGAAAAAUCCAAGGCGAACUGUGUGGACCACGAUGGUAGCCAUCUGGAAUGUCUGCAUGAGUAAUACAUGCUGUGAGUAUGUGGCCAAGCCUUAAGCCAAUCAGCGCGGUGUCAGUUGAGCAUAGGCAUUACGCUCAGGCACCACCAGUAUCCGAAUCCUAGGCCAACUUUUGCGGGAAAGGGCCAUCCCAUCUACUUUUAGGAGAUUUUGAUCAUAGCGGAAAGGAGACAACAUCAGGAUGUAGCAAGCUUCGGGAGCGUGCCUUAUUAAGCUGGGAAGCUAGUCCCCAUAUCACGGGACGGCCAAUAGAUGACGAGCUUACCACGCUCGUUCGUUCCACUACAGGCUAGGCCGAAGAUCUAUCUGGGAGAGGUGAUGACCCCUGCUACGCGUUGGUCGCCUGGUUCGCCUGGCUACAUAUGAGGCAACUAGACAUGCCGCGAUGCGGACCUGCAAUCACCAAAUAUCGUGGGGCAUUGCCUAUGUUAUGUAGUAUUGAGCCUAGUUGACUGACAGAAAGGCUUCCUUAGUCUUCUCUGAUUAUGCGUCGAGCUCCCCGAUGUAAAGAACGGUGCUGGGGGCUAUGCGCGACACUGCCCUAAUCAGUCCGUCCGCCACAACAA